AUGUCUCUUGCGCUUGCAAAAGACUUGGGAUUCAAGGAAUUCAAGAGCCCCAAGAUAAGAGUCGAGUUCGCGGACCUAUCAUGCAUGGAACCCUAUGGAAUGCUUGAAGACGUUAUGAUGGAAAUAGGAGGUCGAUCUGUACCGACUGACUUCCAAGUCAUGGUUUGGGAAGGCUCAAAAAGGAAUCAACUGAUUCUUGGAACCCCAUUCCUUGCUACAGCUGGAGCGGUCCUAAACUACUUUGGGAAUCAUCUAUCUUUUGGCCACGUCCGGCAAGAUAUCAUUUUCCCAAGUGUAAAUUUCAGGUCAGUGCCAAGUGCGACCAAGCUACCACCAAAAGAAGCCAUUCUCAUACCUAAGAAAGAAGCUAUGCUGCAUA